UGCCGGCCCAGCAUGGCGGCGGGGCCCGGGCCGCGGCUGCCCGAGCUGCUGGCGGCGGGACGGCGGCUCUGCGAGGAGCUGGAGGCCGGCCACGAGCCCUCCUCGGGGGCCCCGGCCGUGCAGGAGAAGGUGCGGCAGGGGCUGGACGCCUUGCGGCGAGCGGCCGCCAUGGUGGCGGAGCUGGACCUGUUCAGCGAGAACGAGGAGCUGGAGGAGAUCGCCUCCACCGACCUGCAGUACCUGGUGCUGCCCGCUCUGCUGGGCGCCCUGACGCUGAAGCAGGUGGACCUGAGCAAGAGGCUGGAGCACCUGGAGAGCGCCCGGGCCCAUUUCUGGGCCUUCCUGAAGCUCUGCAAGAGCUACGGGCUGGGCAGCUUCCAGCUGCCCCCUGCCAGCCCCAGCCCCCCGGGAGAGGAAGGUGCUGGCAGCCAGACCCCCCGGGGACCCCAGGCCAGCCUGGUGGCCAUGGCCUCCAGCAGGCAGGCCAAGAUCGAGAGAUACAAGCAGAGGAAGGAGCUGGAGAACAGGUUGGCCUCCAUGAGAACCUGCGUGGAGAGCGGGCAAGCGGACGAGGCCCAGACACGGGAGUUUUACAUCCUGCAAACCCAGAGAUGGAUCAGCACCAGCCUGGAGGAGAUUGAGAGCAUUGACCAAGAGAUGGUCAUCCUGAGGAGCAGAGGUACAGCCAAGCAGCCUCCAGCUCCACCCCACGGCGCUGCUCGGCCAGCCAGGCCCCCACUGAAACCUUUCCUCCUUACCCGGGAUGCUGCUCAGGCCAAAGUGUUUGGUGUGGGAUACCCUGGGCUGCCCACCAUGACAGUGGAUGACUGGUACGAGCAGCGCAGGAGGCAAGGACUGUCUGAGCAGAGCACAGCACAGAGGGCACCAGCAGGUGUAGCUGAUGAAGAGCAGCAAAAGCAGGAGCAGGAGAAAAAAGAAGAGGAGGAUGAUGAUGAGGAAGCUCUUCAGAAAGCUCGGAGCUGGGAUGACUGGAAAGACACACACCCCAGAGGCUACGGCAACCGGCAGAACAUGGGCUGAUGCCCCCACUGCAGAGGGAGUGGAAAUCCUGUAAGAGUUGCCUGUGUCCUGGAGAUACAGGAAUAAAUACACUGUACAUAUGCAGAGGGAUCCAUGGCUUCUCUGGGAGACACUGGAGUCCAAGGAGGAAACGUGACAGCUUGCUUUGGUGUACAUUAAAUGUCAGCUGAGGGCACUGGUUGUGUACAGUGACAGCACAGAGCUCCUGGUCAGUGGAGCUCUUUCUGAGGGGUCUGACUGCCUCUGCUCUCCCUGGCAGAGGAGGUCCUUGAAAGAAAAGUACAUUGAUUUGGAAACUGCUCUUUGUAUUGUGGGUGGAUGUAUUUAUUUUUUCUCUAUCUUUUAAGCAAAAUAAAAUCUCUUGUGCUGCCUA